GGGGCUUCCCGCCUCUUCGAAUCCGGUUGGAAAGAAAGAAAAGAAAGGACCGCAGGCGGCGUUUCCGAGAGGGGAGAAAGAGCCAGCGGGGAGGGGGGGGUAAAGGGGGGAAAAGGGGGGGGAAGGGAAGCGGUCGAUUGUGCCCUUUUCCGUCAUGGUCGUCGGUUUAGCUUCCGGCGUGAGGGUGGGGGUCUGGAAGUGUCCCUAUGGCAACAGCGCGCCUUUCCACUAAUCUCCCAGGCCCGACGCGCCUCCCUCGAGAGCCCCUUUCUGUGCGCUCGCGCUCUGCUUUCCUCCCGUCCCGCUUUGAAGGUCUGAAAGGGACUGAAAGGGACAAGAACGGUCGAGCGAUCGGCGAGCGCGGGAGUUUCCUCAGUGCUAACCUCUCCUGCCCUGGGAGGCAGGCCUGGCGGAGCUUGACGGUUGGUCGUGUUUCCUUGCAAAUGCUUCAUAUUUCGUGUGUGUGGUGUAUUUUUGAUUCCGAAGAUUCUUGAAGAUUUGCUUGAGUCAGUUAUGUAAGGAGCAUAAUAAUGGAUGAAACUACUGACUGCAUGAAGAUGGAUGCUGGGGACUAUAUGCAAACUAAUCAUACUUCUGUGUUCAAGACUUUUCCUGAGCAACAGAAUGUUAUUUCCGGCAACCAGCAUCCACUGUCUGACAACAAGUUUUUAUCAAACAAGUUUAACAGCUUGGCGGGACCUUCCACUUGUUUAACGGGAAAUACUUCUUGUAGUUUCAAUUACUAUCCAGAAUCCCCAAGCUUUGAGAGCUGCCCAGCAACUGGAGUAAAAAGAACAUUUAGAAUAAAUGCCAAUGGUCAGUUGAAGACUUGCAACUCCCCUUUUGGCUCUGUUUCACAGAAGGCCAGAGUAUAUUUUGAAACACGCAAAAAUCCAAGUAUGACUGCAAAUUCCUUUGUAGGAAAAUCAAGCCACCAUAGUCAAGUUUCUGCCUAUGAAAAAUCCUUUCCAAUUAAGUCCGUUGCUAAUCCAUCAUGCCGGCGGAGCUUACUAAGUCCCAAGAAGUCUCAAAGAAGAUUCAUCAGCACUGCAGAAGAGACAGUUCGGGAAGAAGAGAAAGAAAUAUACAGGCAGCUGAUUCAAAUGGUUACAGGGAAAAAUCUGUCAACCUUUUCAUUACUGUCUCAUAACCUGACCAAGUGUGGAGGUUCCAAUAAAAAAGCUAUGAAAGAAACUGAAAACAAAUGUAUGAAACCUUUUGAUGUGUGUGGCCCCUCUCUGGGCAAUCCAUCAUCAAGUCUUCUUAGGAUACAAGAGCACCAUUUUCACAAACCACUGCCGCAACCAGUUUGUAAUUUUACUUCCCAUGUUAACUUUGAUCCCAAGACCAGUACACCCAUACAACAAACAAAUCUACCAGCAUUGGAUGUGCAGACUGAAGGAUGUGAUUCAAUGCUAAAUGGCAAAGACUUCAGAUCUCCAGCUCCAAGUACACCUUUCUUUGAGGCUGAAUUGUGGAUAAAAGAAUUAACCAGUUUAUAUGACUCCCGAACCCGUGAGAGAUUGCGACAAAUAGAGGAGCAGAAAGCCUUGGCAUUGCAGUUUCAGAAUCAGAGACUGAGACUGCAGAAAGAUAUCUCAGUACCCGAGUCAAUAAACUUACAUCUUCGAGUUCCUCUUGAAAAGGAAAUUCCUGUCAUUGUUCCAGAAGAUAAUAAGACAGUGGAUAGCGAAGAUGAAUUUCCUGGAAUUACAGAGGAAAUGGAGAAAGAAAUAAAAAAUGUGUUACGAAGUGGAAACCAGGAUGAAGUGUUGAGUGAAGCCUUCCGAUUAACCAUCACUCGGAAAGACAUCCAGACCCUUAAGCACCUCAACUGGCUCAAUGAUGAGAUUAUUAAUUUUUACAUGAAUAUGUUGAUGGAGAGGAGUAAACAGAAAGGCUUUCCAACCGUUCAUGCAUUUAACACGUUUUUCUUCACCAAGUUAAAAACUGCUGGAUAUCCAGCUGUAAAACGUUGGACUAAAAAAGUAGAUAUAUUUUCUGUGGACAUUCUAUUGGUUCCUAUUCACCUUGGUGUCCAUUGGUGUCUAGCAGUUACUGACUUCAGGAAAAAAACCAUCACUUACUACGAUUCAAUGGGUGGAUCCAACAGUGAAGCUUGUAAGAUACUCUUGCAGUACUUAAAGCAGGAAAGCCUGGAUAAAAAGCGCAAGGAAUUUGAUACCAAUGGCUGGAUGCUCCUGUGUAAAAGAAGCCAGGAGAUCCCACAACAAAUGAAUGGCAGUGAUUGUGGGAUGUUUGCCUGUAAAUACGCCGACUGCAUUACCAAAGACAAACCAAUCAACUUUACUCAGCAACUCAUGCCUUACUUCCGGAAACGAAUGGUCUGGGAGAUCCUCCAUCGUAAGCUGCUGUGAUUUCAUGCCGAGUAAGACUCUUCAGAGACUGAAAACCCCGGGUUUCCUCUUCUUGGCCACCUCCAAGUGGGCUACAUGGGUUUCUCCACUGACAAGACUCUACAUUACACUUUUGGUGUCUUUAAAAAAGAAAAUACAUCUAUUUCUUGGACCAGUGUGCCCCCAUGAAGCCUUUCUGAAGCACACACUUUCUUUUGUAUUUUGAAACCCUAUUUUUUACAAGGGACAUUUGAAACUUGUAGGAAUGUGGCUUUUUAUCUUCAAGGAGAUUUCUGCCUCUCUUUUUUUAAAAAAAUGGCCAGCUUGUGCAAAGGACUUGAGACCGUUCAGCUGUAAGGCCUUGGUGCAGGGAAGCACUUGCAAUCUUUUCUUGGAUCUAUCAGGAUUUAGAGAAGACUUGAUGUCAUAGUACUAAGUAAUUGUGGAUUCUCCACAUUACUGUUACUGCAGCUAAUUAUUUGAUGUAAAACAUGCAGGGAUAUGUGUCUUGGGGAAUCUUUGGCCCAGGUUUUCCAGAUGUGUGCAUGUUUAUGUGUUUCCUGCUUCUUAUAAUCUGCUGUUAAUAACAUGGGUGAUUCCUACAGCAGUUGUAGCAACUUAGAUUCCCUUUUAUUCUUAAACUAUUAAAGAGAAAUGGAAUUCUUUGGGAAUGAAAGGUGAAUAGACACACCAGCACAUGAAAAGUAACCACUUGCUCUGUUUUCCACCGUGGCGGGUAAUCUUUUUGAUUCUACAGUAGGGCUGCCCAGGGGAAAAUUAACAAUCCUUUAUUUUAACAUUGUUUAUCUUGUCACAAUGAAUGAGUCAUCCCCUGAUUAUUGAAAGUUUAUGAGGAUUAUGAGUUAUCCUCUGGUAUUCAGAACAAGCCAUUUAUCCUAAAGAACAGGCAAGGAUUUGUGGGCAGAGGCAUUCUGCACCAAAAAUCCUUAUUCUUCACUGCCCCUUCCCCAAGCCUGCUGUGGUGGGUUUUGACCUGAGAAAGAAAAAUGAGACACCUUUGUGGCCUACAUCACUGCAUUCAGAUGACUGGGAUUAUCCCCCCUUGAAAGCCAGCAUUUUCUUUUCUUAACCACAUUCUUGCAAUGCAAUCUGGAGCUCAGUUUUACAAAGAACUUUUUGAAGAGUUGGUGCAUUACAUUCUCAAUGAAAAUAGGAUUUAUAACAAACUAAGCAGCUGUAAUGUCAGUGGAUGUUCAUUUGCCAGAGGAUUAAAUAGAUGUUUGUCUUUCAACUCUUUGUAGAAUUAAGGUACAAUAUAACUUGUUUUAAAACUUUAAUUAUUGGUAAACAGUUUUUAUACUAUAUAUAUGCCUUUCCCAGUGACUGCCAAUGAACAAAUAUAUAUAUAUAUGAGGUUUGCAGGUUUUUUUCUCUGUUUUUAAAAAGCUGAAUUGAAAAGUUGCUUUUUUGUUCAUAUGCUCCUCCCUCCUGUUUUGUUAACAGCAAUUAAUGAUGAGUUGAAGAAUGCCCUAAAGAGAGUCCCGUCCCCUCAAUCCUAUUUUUGCUUUGGUUUGCAACUUCUAUCAGCCCCCUCCAAUCCAGUUAAUGGAAGUUGAGACAAAUAUGUUGUACAUGGGCACUAGAUAGGGCAAAACUGAUACUGAAUCUGUCCAGCUUUUAUAUGAAACCAGUAAGAGAUCCUGCUGGCAUAGGCUUUAUCUCUCAAGAGGCAGAUUUUUCACAGGGCCCAUGACACCCUGUUUAUCAUUGACAGAAUCAAUUGUCUUUUGUCCAAUAUGAGGGAAUACUGCCUUUUCAGUCCAUACUGAAGAUUCUUCAAUCCACCACCAACAAUUUCUGUACAGCCAAUCUUGCAUUUGUUUCAGUGGAAUCCAUAUUUAAAUGUUAGUUUUAUAUAGCAGCUGGAUUGGUCUCUGUUUCUACCAUCAGCCAACAGAAGUAGAAUGCAGAAAGGAUUCAGGCCCAAGAGCUUGGAUUUAAGUUUGCAUGUCACACAUACCUC